CGGCGGGCAGUCUGCCUCUGGCAUGGAGGGGUCGAGGGAGGCCGGUCUCUUGGGCUCGCUGCUGGCGGCCGCCCGCCGGGUCUUCGAGGGGACUUUCGGGAUGGAGCCCCGGGUCGCGGUCUCGGCGCCGGGGAGGGUGAAUCUGAUCGGGGAGCACACCGACUACAACCAGGGCUUCGUGCUGCCGAUGGCCUUGCAGAUGAGUACAGUGAUGGUUGGGAGCCCAAGAAAAGACAAAACAAUAUGCAUUGUCACAACUGCAGAAGAAGCUGAAGAGCCUAGAAAGGUGGAGUUCACUGUUCCAGAGGAAGGGGUUACCUUGAAUCCUGGAGAGCCUCACUGGGCUAACUAUGCCAAGGGAGUUGUCCAGCAUUAUAAAGCUGCUCCUCUCCUGGGGUUUAAUGCUGUCAUAAGCAGCAAUGUCCCAUUGGGUGGUGGUCUCUCAAGCUCAGCCUCCUUGGAAGUGGCCGUGUACACUUUCCUGCAGCAGCUCUGCCCAGAUGAUGGGGAUCCUGUUGCUAAGGCCUUAGUGUGCCAAAAAGCAGAACACACCUUUGCAAUGAUGCCUUGUGGAAUCAUGGACCAGUUCAUUUCUGUGAUGGGGAAGGAGGGCCAUGCCUUGCUGAUAGACUGCAGGUCACUGGAGACUCGACUGGUCCCUCUGGCUGACCCAAAUGUAGUUGUUCUCAUCACCAACUCCAAUGUCCGGCACACCUUGACAGGCAGCGAGUAUCCCACUCGUCGACACCAGUGUGAAGAAGCAGUGAAGGUGCUUGGAAAGCCAAGCUUGAGAGAAGCCACUUUGGCAGAUUUGGAGAAGGCAAAGGUCCUCCUGAGUCAGGAAGUGUACAGGCGAGCUAAGCAUGUGAUUGGAGAGAUAGAGCGCACUGCCAUGGCUGUGGAGGCCUUACAGUCCAGGGACUAUCGGCAGUUUGGUCAGCUGAUGGUGGAGAGUCACAAUUCCUUGAGGGAUGACUACGAAGUCAGCUGUCCAGAACUAGAUGAGCUUGUUUCUGCUGCCAUGGAGGUCCCUGGGGUUUAUGGAAGCAGGAUGACUGGUGGUGGCUUCGGAGGUUGCACUGUCACCCUGCUUGAGUCUGGAGCAGCUGAGAAAGUUGUGAAACACAUCAAGGAAAAAUACAGUGGGACACCAACUUUUUAUUUCUCAAAGCCUUCUGAUGGAGCUAAAGUACACCACCUGCCUUGAAAACAAACUCCUGAUUGCCACACAAGGAUUUGCUGCUACUGCUGCUGCUAUCAGGGAUUAGGAGAAUUCACAAAGCUUCAACUCAGUACUUGAUCCCCCAUCUAUUUGGGAUAGAAACCUCAAAAUAAUGUGCUAAGGAAUUUAUUUUUAAUAUGAUUUAAAAAUCAGAUUUAUAGGUAGUGUUUUUCUUUCUUCCUUAACAUUUCUGGGAGAGGAUGUGUUCGUCAUCUGAUGUCAGAGAAAGCCUAAUUUGCUCUAUUGUUGUGGGGCAAGACUUGUGUAUUUGUAAAUAAAUGGAUAAUUGAGA